GAGCGUAGGAGGCGUGUCCCUUGGAGUAUAAACCGAGCCAAGUGUCCCUCACACGCGAACUCGAGCGGUGACCAUACGCGGCGCCAGUCUGCCUCUCCCUCCCCCGUGUGCCACCGUACCUAGAGUUCCCUGCCGUAGUCGCUGCCACUCCGAGCUCGCAGGCCCUCCGCGUCUGAAAAUGGACAAGUCGAUUCUCGACGCCAUGCCCGGAGCCUCGACGGGAACCGUGGUCGUCUCAGAGCCUCUGAAUUUCUGGGGCGGCGGGCGAGUCAAGCCGAGGCGCGAGGCGAACGCGGAACCCGUGUUCGAACCUGCGACUGGCCACGUCUUGUGUCAGAUGGUUCCCUGUGGGGCUGAGGAGGUGGACGAGGCCAUCAGGAGCGCCCACGCCGCCUACCUCAUAUGGAGCAAGAUGGCAGGCAUGGAGCGAGCUCGGGUGAUGCUGGAGGCCGCCCGUAUUAUCAGGGAAAGAAGGGAGAAGAUUGCAAAGCUGGAAGUGAUCAACAAUGGCAAGUCCAUCACUGAAGCACUGGUGGAUAUUGACAUUGCCUGGCAGUGCAUUGAAUACUACGCUGGUCUUGCUGGAACGCUUGCAGGCCAGCACAUCCAGCUCCCCGGGGGAGCGUUUGCUUACACCAGGAGGGAGCCCCUCGGUGUAUGUGUGGGAAUCGGUGCAUGGAAUUACCCCUUCCAGAUCGCAUCGUGGAAGUCUGCUCCUGCUCUGGCAUGUGGUAAUGCCAUGGUAUUUAAGCCCUCUCCGAUGACGCCCGUGACGGCCGUCAUUUUGGCGGAGAUCUACAAAGAGGCGGGGGUACCCGACGGGCUCCUCUGUGUGGUACAGGGCGGAGCAGAGACUGGCACCUUGCUCUGCCACCACCCGAUGGUCGCCAAAGUCUCCUUCACUGGUAGCGUGCCAACGGGCAAAAAGGUCAUGGAAAUGUCUUCAAAGGGGGUGAAGCAAGUGACUCUUGAGCUUGGAGGGAAAUCUCCCCUCAUUAUUUUCAAAGACUGUGAGCUGGAGAACGCAGUGAAGGGAGCACUCAUGGCAAAUUUCCUCACACAGGGACAGGUUUGCUGCAAUGGGACAAGAGUAUUUGUACAGAGAGAGAUUAUGCCCCAGUUCCUGGAAGAAGUGGUGAAGAGGACCAAGGCCAUCCCUGUGGGUGACCCGCUGCUGGACGGAACCCGAAUGGGGGCAUUGAUCAGCAAGCCACACCUGGAGAAAGUGCUGGGAUUUGUCCGUCAGGCCAAGAAAGAAGGUGCCAGAGUGCUUUGUGGAGGAGAGCCUUUUGUUCCCAGUGACCCCAAACUAAAAGCGGGCUACUUCAUGUCACCCUGUGUACUUGAUAACUGCAGAGAUGACAUGACCUGUGUGAAGGAGGAGAUUUUUGGCCCGGUCAUGUCUGUCUUGCCUUUCGACACGGAGGAAGAAGUAAUCAAGAGGGCCAACAACACCACCUUUGGACUGGCCUCUGGAGUUUUCACCAGGGACAUUUCGCGAGCCCAUCGUGUGGCUGAGAACCUGGAGGCAGGUACCUGCUUUAUCAACAACUACAACAUCAGCCCCGUGGAAGUGCCAUUUGGUGGCUACAAGAUGUCAGGCUUUGGCAGAGAGAAUGGCCAGGUGACAAUCGAGUACUACUCCCAGCUGAAGACUGUGGUUGUGGAAAUGGGAGACGUCGAGAGCCUCUUCUAAACUCCCCUCACCGAGUUUAGACUGCGCUAUCAGGACUGUUAAUCAAACUCUUCACUCCUUGCUUCAGUUAUCUGAUAAGCACCAGAUAUGACCAAAUACUUGUAGUAACUCCUUCUAUUCACAUCCUAUGAUUCUUAUGAUGCAUUACACCCGUGUACUUGGAGAGGGGUGUCAGAAUUAAACCAACAUGUCAGAGCUGAAGACAUGGACCAGUUUCACUUCAUUAGUGUUCACAAUUCUCAACUUUUUUUUUUUUUAACCCAACAAGUGAACCUGAUAUAGUAUUGACCAAAUCAAUGAAUACACAGGCCCUGUUGUCAAACGACAAGACUAUUAAAAAAAUCACCCAUGCUGGGCUGUGCGUGGAAGUAGAACCACAAGCCUUAAUUAGAAAUGCUGUGUGCGGUUAAUUGUGAAUCAGCAUUAGAAUAAAAUAACUGCACAGUUGGUGUCUGAUUUUUAUAUUGUAUGCUGAACUAAAACACUAUGUGAUAACAACUGCCUUUGUAUCAAAAUAAAAUACAAAAGACAAAAAGUAUGUGUUCUUGGUUG